AUGGCCACCAGCGGCGCACUGCUGCACUCGUGCACUGUGUACCUCUACCUCUACGACGCCGCCAGCGGCUCCUACACGCAGCAGACCGACGCAGCUGUGGGCUGUGCGCUGCUCGGGGGCGACCGCCCGCGCACGUUUUCGCUGCUGCUCUACGACGCGCAGAAGGCGCCGCUGCUGCAGGUUCCGCUCACGUCGGACACGCGACUGGUGCCGCAGCAGAGCAACUACGUGAACUUCUACGACCACACGUCGAAGCGCUUCUACGCGCUGCGGUUCCGAGACGCGGCAGCGAGUGAGGAGUUUGUACGGGCAGCGGCACUGACGAAGGCGCAGAGUCUCGUGCUCUCUGCGACGUCUUUCGAGCGCCAGAAGCGGCGGGUGGUGCUUGUGGAGGACGUGACGGUCGGACGGGACGAUGCUGAGGCACUUGGGGCUGGAGACGUGGCGGGGAUUGCGCUCAAAAAAUGGCACGGGACAGUGGAAGCGCGCGACCGGUUCUUCUCGACGAACCCGUUGGACAUUUGCAGGCAUGAGCCGACCGAAGCAACGACUGGCACUGACGUGAAGAGGAUCAAGCUAGUGGAUGAAACAGGGGACGGAGAAACGGACCCGUUCGUUGCAGUGUUGGCGACCGAAGCGCUCGUUGGGAUGCGCAAGAUGGCCAAGCGACUGGUGACUGUGACGUUCCCGGACACUCAGGAGUGGGUCAUUGCAGAGGUGGAGCUGGUCAAAGUGAAGAAGAGCACGAGGUCUGGUGCGGACUCGACGCCGACUCAGGCAAAGACUGAGCACGCAAGAGGACUGACUGCUGCUGCCACUGCUGCUGCUGCUGGUGGAAUGGAGGAAAAGACGCUAAAAGAGCAUGACGAUCUCGUCAAGCGCAUGGCAGUGCUGUCCCGAGUCGGCAGUCAAACGUCGGGAUUGAUGGCAAGCGUGCAGACAAGAGUGGACAGCCGCUCCACGUCGAUCAGUGACGGUGAUGCAGCGCUACGGCGAACGUCCUGUAGCGGAUCGCAGUCGACGGACCCUCCCGCAGGCUAUGUACCUGUACUUCUGGCUGGGCUCCAGCUUCCAGGACAACGGCCAGGGUCGUUUCGCAAUCUGAAGAAUGAGUUGGAGGCAGCACAGCCGUCAGAUGCGUCUUCGCCUUCGCAUGCAAAGCCGGUGGCGGUAAAAGCGGUCGAACCGCUGAGGCAGCUGUCGCGUAAUGUGAACGGUGGCGCUACACUGACGUCAUCGUCGUCUAGUGAUCUAGAGCGGUUGAUGAAAGAGCAAUCGGAUUUGGCGCGACUUCGUGAGGAGUUAGAACUUAGCAAGCGCAAGCUUCAAGAGGCCGAUGCAAGUGUUGAUGUAUCACUGACUCAGCGCCGGCAGCUGUCGAACGGGGAAGGUAGUCACUCCACGGGCUUGACCGAGGGAAAGCUGGCGCAAGAGAAGCAAGCUCCUUUCUUUGCGCCCACAGCAUUUUCGUUGAUGGGCACCCAUGCGCUCUCCGUUGGAACGUCAUCAGCGUAUGGGACAACGACAGGCAAGUGGUCGCCUGCUAACAGGGAUCUAGUGCCGUCUUUUCCGCCGUCCAAGUUCAUUUCCCAGUCAUUGGCACCCGCGGCACCGCCAACCCCAUUCUCAUCGUCGCUGACGCCAUACGCUAAUCAAUCGUACCCGUCGUACCCGUCGACGCCAGGAGUGCCAGCGUCAGGCUCGUCGCCGGAUGUUGAGAAUGGUAUAUUUCGUCUACAACGAUCGUCUACAUCGAUUGAGUCCAUGUUGCACGAUCUGCAGUCGAAGGUGGAUCGGUUGCUAAACGUGCAAAACUCGAUGAAAGCGACGUCGUAUGCUGGAAACUUGCGCAAGUACGGUGGAAGUGCACCAUUCUCGUCUCUCGCAUUCUCUUCGUCGUCGUCGUCGUCGUCGUCGUCGUCUUCGUCAAUGUUACUGAAAAAUAUCGAAAAGACUCUCGCACAGCGUGACCAGCUUCAGGAAGCCAAUGCUCGACUUGAGGAAGCGAACGGUGAGCUCGAAUCCAGCGUCGAAGAUCUGCAGAAUCAACAUGAGUCACUCCAGAUGGAAAACCGGGCGCUUUUGGACAAACUGCAAAGCGGGAACCAUUUGCAACAGGAGAAGUUUGGCGCAGAAUUGCGAAGUGUUCAAGCAAAACUCAGCCAGUCUCAGGAGCAAAUGCUUGCGUACCAAGAAGAGAACUUUCGACUUCGGGCAGAACUUGCUGCAAAGGACGACAAGCUUACGAAAGAGAAGGCAAAGCUGCAAGAGGAUAUGCAGAAGCAGUAUGAAGCUAUGAAGCGACAGGCCGAGGAUGAGGUCCGUCAAGGCUUGAUGGACUCAAUCGAUAAAAUGGCGACUGAAAACGCCACGCUGAUGGCACAAGUUGCUGAGUAUAAUGCUCAGAAGAAGCAGUGGGCCCUCGAGCGGGAUAUGAUGAACAAGCGGCUGAGUCAAGCCCAGAGCCAGCAGGUGCAGCUCCAAGACAAUUCUGUGAAAUCGCAAAGUGCACAGAACUCGCGCGUACAGGAACUACUGGCUCGGCUUGAGCAGGUUGAAGCAGAAUCGAAAGGAAUGAGACAGCAGGCGGAUGGGUUUCGCUCCAAAGCGCAGCAUCUGGAGGAGCUGCUUGUGUCGAAAGAGCACGAGAUGGCCCAAUUACAGACGACAAAAAAUGAGAGCGAGUACGCGGCGCUGAGUGGGCUGUUUAAGGAGUUCAUGAACGACAUUUACUUCCACUUCCAAGACGCGUUUGAUGAGGACACAGAGUUCACUGGCAAAGAGAUCGUGAUGGCGAUUCGGAAGAUUCUCAAACAGAACACGAUGGACAUCCUCGCAAAGCUGGAGGAAUUCUACCAGCAGCAAGUACAGCAUCGUCAGUGA